AUGGCUGGAUGUAUACCUCUUGAUUCUAUGCGUCAAUCAACUCUUGAAUGUUUAUAUAAUCAAUCUUGUGUUGAUGCAAUAUCAUUUCAACCAAAAAUUUUUCGACCAAAAGCUUUAAAUGUAUCAUUAUCAAAUUUUUCUUUAAAUUCAACAAUAGGUUCACUAUUCGAUGGUUCUUUAUUUGUUGAAAUUUGGAAAAAUCAAUCUAGUUUUGAAAAUUAUUUCACUGCUUGUAAAUCUCAAUCUCUAUCUUACAGUUAUGAAAGUUGA